AUCUGUGGACCGCGUCUACUCUCAUUACUGCCCGUGUAGUCCGUCAACGCGGAGCCGAUUACGCGCCAUUUUGGAUAUUAAUUAAAAAAAAAAACAAAUAAUUAAAAGUUUAAAUAAAAAAGUUUGGAUGUGAUUUUUAAAAAUGGAAGGGCGAAGGUCCUGGGACGGUAUUCCGCUGGGAGAAUCGCACUCUCCACCACAGUCGGUGCCGGGUAGACGGACUCCGUUGGGUGCCGUGGGCCUGGGUGGGUUCUACAUGCAAGGUGGACAGCCUCCACCACCGCCGCAGCACUGUUAUCCCACCGACGAGAACCAGCCUGAGCCCGGCACUAGCUAUGGACAGAGAUUAGUUGCGUACCUUCAAGGUACGGCGACUGCAGCGGGCAUAGUGCCGCCCCCUGGGUUGGACCUGGCUGGUUUUCCAGCGGCCGCCAAGCUGCUGCAGCCGCCCGCGCCUGGACCGCCCCCGCCACCCGAACCGCCAUCUUGA